CAUCCGCAGGUCACGUGAAAAGCAGCGCCCGCAAGAAGAGCAAGCGCGGAGCCGAAAAAGGCGGAGAAACUGCUUGAACUGGACGCGACCCGAGUCCAAACCACGCCGCACCGCACCGCCGCCGCCUCUCUCGCUCCCCUCGUCUCCCGACUCCCGCCCGCACGCCGGCGCCGAGCGCGCGGAGGCGAGCAUGCAUCACGACCCCAACCCCUUCGACGAGGGCAGCGCCAACGACAACCCGUUCUCCAAUGGAGGAGGCGGAGGCGGCAAGCAGCAGUAUGGGUUCCGGCCGACCGAGCCCGUCGGCUUCGGGGGCGCCGGCAGGGGCGACGCCGUCGUCGACGUCCCGCUAGACAACAUGGGGGACUCCAAGGGCAAGGCGAGGGAGCUCUCGUCGUGGGAAUCAGAUUUGAAGCGGCGAGAGGCGGAUAUCAAGAGAAGGGAGGAGGCGUUGAAGAAUGCUGGAGUGCCGAUGGAGGAGAAGAACUGGCCUCCAUUCUUCCCGAUCAUCCACCAUGAUAUUGCCAAUGAGAUACCAGCCAAUGUGCAGAGGUUGCAGUAUCUUGCAUUUGCAAGCUGGCUUGGAAUUGUGCUUUGCCUGUCGUGGAAUUUCAUUGCUGUUAUAGUCUGCUGGAUCAAGGAGGGAGAUUCAAAACUGUUUUUCCUUGCAACUAUCUAUGCUUUGCUUGGAAUUCCCCUGUCAUAUUUGAUAUGGUACAGGCCCCUCUAUCGUGCAAUGAGGACUAACAGUGCUUUCAGUUUCGGAUGGUUUUUCCUCUGUUACCUGAUACACUUUGGUUUUUGCAUAAUUGCUGCCAUUGCUCCACCCAUUGUAUUUCAUGGGAAAUCAUUAACCGGUAUACUGGCUGCGAUCGACACCUUCUCUGAGCAUAUCAUAAUUGGGAUCUUCUACUUUGUGGGGUUUGGGCUGUUCUGUUUGGAGACGCUGCUGAGCAUUGCAGUUCUUCAGAGAGUGUACAUGUACUUCAGAGGGAACAAGUGAUGCCAGCCAUGAUUGAAAACUACAUUUGUCAAAAAAAUGUGGUGGAGAAUUACUUAUGCAUGCUAGUAGCACCUGUUUGUGCGACGGUUUUGUGCAUACCUGCCAAAUACACGUUGAGUCUCGCGUUUUAGUAUGUCAGUGGUGGUGUGCUUUUUUAAGCUGGUAUGGAGUAGGAUGGUAGCCCUGUCAUUAUAGGUUGGCUUGCCGAACGGGGUGUUUUAUUUGUUCAUUAGCUAUGCCCAUAUUUCAUCUAGUUAAUGUAGUCUCAAGUUUGCCAUGUUGGCGACCGUUAUGGGCUUAUGGCAUGCAGUACUAUUUAUUCUUGAAACGCAGAAGAGAACUGCCCUAUGGGCUGAAUUCUUACA